AAAAAAUUUCGGUUUCACUUCACGAUGGUUGACGCGGAAAAACUUAAUGUGAGAGGAGCCAGUAAUGGAACCGGAAAUAAAAAAUUACCCUGGUUCUUAGCAACUAGUUACCUGUUGUUCUGGGGAGUGCUUUUCUUUGCCGUGGUAAUUCCAUUGUUCUACCGAUUACCCAAGGCAAAGACAAUAGAAGAAGCCGCCUCAAAUGUAUUUAUUCCGGAACGUGCUUACAAGGAUCUGUAUACUCUAUCUAACAUUGGCACCAAAAUGGUUGGAAGCAAAGAGAAUGAGAUUGCUGCUGUAGAGUUUCUUCUAAAGCAAUUAAAUCAAAUUAAGGAAGACUCAUUGAAAGAUUAUUAUGAUAUUGAGAUAGACUUAUCACAGGCAUCAGGACAAUUUACUUAUUCUGAUCUGAUUAUUAUGUACCAAGGUGUUCAAAACAUUGCUGUUAAAAUUAGUCCAAGGAAUAGCACAAGUCAAACCUGGUUACUGGUCAACAGUCACUUUGAUUCGAAGCCAGCUACACCGUCCGCUGGCGAUGCUGGAUUUAUGAUAGUCACUAUGCUGGAAGUCUUAAGAGUGAUGUCAACGACAAAGCAAACAUUCGAACAUCCUAUCGUCUUUCUGUUCAAUGGAGCUGAGGAAAGUUACUUGCUGGCUGCACACGGUUUCAUGACUACUCAUAGAUGGGCGCCAUUCCUUAAAGCCUGCGUUAAUCUUGAUGCUGCAGGCAGCAAUGGACGGGAACUUCUAUUUCAAAGCGGACCCAAUCACUCUUGGCUAGUAGAUUAUUACCAUAAAAAUGCCAAACAUCCUUUCGGAACAACUUCAGCUGAGGAGAUAUUCCAGUCUGGUAUAAUACCAUCUGAUUCCGACUUCCGAAUUUUUAAAGAAUACAUGCCAGGUUUAGAUUUGGGUCAAAUUAUAAAUGGUUAUAUAUAUCACACGAAGUAUGAUUUGGUUGAAUUAAUUUCGUAUGAAUCCCUGCAACACACUGGAGAUAAUGUGCUUAGUUUAGUUCGUGCUUUGGCAAAUGCUCCUGAACUAAGAAACAUAGAGGCUCACAAGUCUGGACAUGUUGUCUUCUUCGAUUUUUUGGGACUCUACUUCUUUCACUAUUCGGAAACUACGGCCGAGUACUUGAACUUCGGAAUUGCUGGAACUGCUCUCGUAUUAGUUUUUUAUUUCAAUAUGGCGAAUGUCAGAUGUUUCGCAAGUGACAAUUUGCCACCUGAUUCGGUGGUUUAUACUUGUGAUUGUGAUUCAAAUUAUUGCCUUUGCUCUCGGAUUAGCUCUUCCAAUCGUUGUCGCAUAUGUGAUGGACUCCGUCGGGCUAUCACUAACAUACUAUAGCACCCCGUUAUUGAUAAUCGGAUUAUACGUGUGCCCUUCACUUGUUGGCCUUAGUUUGCCGACAAUGAUUUACUUCAGCCUACAGCACAAUAAUAAACUAUCUACACCAUACCUUCUUCAAUUGGCUUUGCAUAGUCAAGCUGUAAUCCUCGCUCUUCUAACCAUAUCUCUUACAGCUUUGGGAAUUCGUUCUUCAUAUAUUUUAAUGAUUCCCCUUGUUUUCUACGUGGUACCAUUGACACUUAAUCUGUUAACUCCAAUGCACGACAAAGGCUAUUCUUGGGUAGCACUAUUGAAAAUAAGCCAAAUUAUUCCUGCGCUAUAUAGCAGUUAUAUAGCAUAUCUGUUUAUUGUCGUUUUGACUCCAAUGGGCGCCAGAGCAGGAAGUGCUUCUAACAGGGACUUGUACAUCGCAGUAUUGGCAGCCGUAGGAACGGUUCUCUCUUUUGGAUUCUUGACACCACUGAUUAACACUUUCCGGCGCCCAAGUUUUGUGGUAUAUGCUUUAAUAGCAACUACAGCUCUUUCUGUGUUUUUGGCCAGUAGUACACAAUUGGGAUUCCCAUAUCGUCCAAGGACAAGUGGCCAACGAGUUGCAUACUUGCACGUGCGCAAUAAGUUCUAUGAAUAUGAUGGAGCUCUCAGCAAGGAUGAGUCUGGUUACCUCUUUUUUGUAUCAGGAUCGGCGUAAGGAAACAGUUCUUGAGGGUACAAAUGUAAACUUAACUGGUUUAGUCAGUUUAACGUCAAGAUGUGAAAAAUACAUGAUGUGUGGAAUGCCGUUGUAUGAUUACCGCUAUGUGCAACAGAGAUUGGAAAGCAAAUGGAUGCCGCGGUCAAAACCAAUAACACCACCAGGCACGACCAAACUGGAAUUACUUAGUAAAACUACAAUCAACUCUACAACUUGUCGUUUUGAGUAUAACUUGACGGGACCUCCUCAAAUGAGUCUAUUCUUCGAAGCUUUUGAAGAUGCCACAAUAACAAAUUGGUCAUUUUUGGAAAGUUAUUUGAAUAACCCUCCAGCAUACCCAUUAGCAUAUCACAUAUUCUUUAACUACGGAAUUGACAGUUCACCACUAAACUUCUUCCUAGAAAUUUCGAAACUUAAUGGAAACUUUGACGUACCAGUACUUCAACUUGGAGUUUCAGGACAUUAUAUAGGGGAUGUCGUUGAUGAGGAAACUGUAGACUUUCGAUCUAAAAUCCCCGCCUUUGCUAUUCAAGCUGACUGGCCAGCAUCAUAUGACAGAUAUAAAUUUUAAACUUGCAAAAAAAGAAA